UACAAUGAUUCAAUAAAAUGACAAGGGAAAUUCUUGCAUCACCAAUAUGAUUUUCUUAUUAGCUUGCGCGUGUAAAUGUGUGGCGUUAUGGAUACUUGUUUGUAUAUCUCAUAAUUGCGAGGGAUUUGGCCAUGUCAGGUGGUACUAUUUAAAAAAGAAUGGAUCACAUGCACAAGAAAUUGAAGAAGAUGAUUUACGUGUUCAGCAUCAGGGAAAUUCUAUCUUAUUUACAAUAGCUGACGUAGAUUGGAGUUUCAAUGGUACCUUUGUAUUCACAUCAGUUGGCUAUCAAGGACUAUCGCCAUUACUCGAAUUGAAUUUAAAAGUUUACACAUAUGCAAACGGCUGUGGAGAACUGUACUUUCUUUCGGAGGGACCCUUUUUUGCCGGAGACAGUUUGAGUCUUGGAUAUUUCCCGUCACCACUAGUUGCAAAAGAGAAAAAUGCAAGCAAGUAUGCUGUAAAACUAAUCAAUGGCAAUAAUGAGAACCAUACGUCCAUUGAACAAGCGAAAGGUGUUUUAGAGCUUGACCAGGAGGGACACGAGUUUAUAUUUACUUUGUUCAACGUUAAGAAACAUGACAGUGGACUGUAUUGGAUUCAGUGUCAGAAUGGAAUUUCCGGAAAGUACUCUAAUAGUGUCAAUGUGUCGAUUAAAGGUUAGAAAGUCUUAUUCAAAAUUGAAUUAGUCCAUUUUACUAUAAUUUCUGGUUUUAAAAUGUUAUGUCUAGUGUGUUCAUGAUAUCUUCAGAUAAGCCGA